UUCCUUCGUCCGCCAAUUCGCCAUUUCCCUUUUAGAGUGAGAGAGAGAGGACAAAAGGGGAAGGAAGCCAUGCCUCCUGUGCCCUCAAGCGUGGCGAAGCAGGCGGAGCUCCUGAAACAAGACGGCAACACCUUCUUCAAGAAGGAUCGCCUCGGUGCUGCCAUUGACGCCUACACAGAGGCCAUCACUUUGUGCCCGAACGUGCCUGUGUAUUGGACCAACAGGGCUCUUUGCCACAGGAAACGCAAUGAUUGGGACAGAGUAGAAGCAGAUUGCAGAAGGGCUCUUGAGCUUGAUGCUAGUUCUGUUAAGGCCCACUAUAUGCUUGGACUAGCAUUGCUACAGAGGCAGGAAUAUGCAGAAGGUAUUAAGGCACUGGAGAAGGCAUUGGAUCUUGGCAGGGGUGCAAACCCUGCCAGUUAUAUGGUGGAGGAAAUAUGGCAGGAGCUUGCCAAAGCCAAAUAUUCAGAGUGGGAACACCUCUCUCAUGCUCGGAUAGAAAGGCUUGACGUCUUGAGAGAAGCAUGUGUGAAGGCUUUAGGAUCUCAGCGCAUGCAUGGUGUUUCUCGGGUGAUUGGGUUAUCGAAUGAAGCUGAAGGUGAUCCAGAACAGUUAAAACAUCUCUCAGAAGUUUUCAGAAAAGCUGCUGAAGCUGACAUCCCAUCUGAGGUGCCAGACCACCUGUGCUGCAAAAUUACAUUGGAUAUCUUCAGGGACCCUGUUAUCACCCCGAGUGGGAUAACAUACGAGAGGGCCGUGCUUUUAGGUCAUCUUCAAAAGGUGGGAAAGUUCGACCCAGUUACGAGGGAACCACUUAAUCAACACCAACUGGUCCCCAACUUAGCCAUUAAGGAAGCAGUAAGAGCCUAUCUAGAUGAGCAUGGUUGGGCAUACAAAUUGAAUUGAAGGUCAGCGUGUGGGUUUUAUUUUUUUUCACCCCAGUUUUGUGCAUAGUGCUUGAUCCUUCCCGUUGGUGUUGUGUUUUAUAUUGGAUUUUUGAGUCAAAUAACACAGCGGCCAUUUGGUCUGUCUCUCUCUCUCUCGUGUAUUAUUCUCAUUACAUGAAAUCUGCUCUCAAAUAAUGUACAGCUCUCUAUGCCUUUGAAAAAUGUUUUUUUGGCGGCACGAGUGAAUGUGUACAAUUUGGCCUGUGCAGAUUCUGUGCAGAUUCUGAGAAUUUUACUUCUUUGAGCAUUGGAUUACUUAACUUUAGUUACAGCCUUAUUCA